AUGUUUAAGUGGUGCGUCGUCGUGAUCUUGGCGCACUGUGCGCUUGUUGCGUGCGGAGUCGCAGUGCCGCCAAAGAUCCUGGCUGCUGCAGACUCUGGGCUGCAAAAUGACACGGCGACAGGGCAAAGUGCCAACAAGCUGCAGGAGAUGACACAUGACGGACAAAACACUCUCUCCGAGCUGCUGGGUGAUUAUGACAAAGUGAAAGCCCUCUCGGAAGGCUCUGACUGUCGGUGUCAAUGUGUUGUCAGACCCCUGAGCAGGAGCGCCUGCCGGCGGAUAGAAGAGGGCAGCGCAACGGCGCACGACUCGUACACGGUGGAGACCAUCACGUCCGGUCCGGAGUGUAAGUGCGCCUGCGUCGCUCCUCCGUCUGCAGUCAACCCCUGCGAAGGAGAGCUCAGGCUGAAAAAGCUUAGGGAAGCUGCGAAAGAUGAUGUCAAGUUGGCCACCGUCCUUGAGCUUCUGGAGGGUUCCUAUUAUGGGAUGGAUCUGCCCAAGCUGCACACCAUCAUCAGCAAUCUGGUGGACCGUGUGACACACAUUGAAAAGGUGAUGGCCUUAAAAGAGACCAAAGAUGAGGCCAAGUCCCACCCAAACCCACCAAAGCCGACAGAUGAUGCUCAAAAUCGGACCGCGGUGCCACACUCACCUUCACACCGCCAAAGUGAUCAGAGUGGAGAGAAACUCGGCGUACCAGACACGUCUCAAAAAGCAAAGGAAAAGGACGGGGAGAAGUUUAUUGCCGGAACUCUGUCCGACGGUUCGGCUCAGGUCACCAAGGUGAAACCGCACGCGGGUGGCAAAAAGGGGGCCAAAAAGGAGGUUUCCAAGACUGCUCUGAACGGGAUGAUUAUCAGAGGAGUGACUUUUUACAAGUCUGAGCCAGAACCAUUGGCCACGGACGACAGGGAGCAUGAAGAGAACGAUUUUGAGUAUCAUGGAUUCAGUGGCGAUGGUCCAAUCGACCUCUUCAUUGAGGAGAAUCUUCUUCAGCACAAACCUCGUCCUCGUCCUCGUUCCAGGGAGAGGGCAGACACCAAGUCAUUCCGCCAAGUGACGCCUGGCCUCUUUCACAGUUCCAACAAAGUCAGCCAGUCUACUACACUGACAAACAUUCUAAGCGAAGAGAUCCAAGACAUCGACGCACCAUCUGUAUCCACUGCAGUUGAGAGUGACAUAAACACGACAGUCAAAGUCACGUUUGCGCCCUACACGACCUCAAAGAACCCCACCACAGUGAACUCUGCGUCUCAAUCCGUUCCUUCGGACAUCAGCCAGGGGACUCUGAGAACAGACACCGCCCCAGAUGUAACAACCGAGGAGAUGACCACAGCAACCCACUCCCACGAUAAGGCAAUUACUACAAGUACCACAGAGGCACCAACUUCCACCGCCAUGGAUGCGACCACCACUUGGACCUACACCACCAACACUCCAAUAACUACAGCCACUCAGGUGGCCCCCAUAACAUCACAAGCCACUGUACCAACCGAGCUUCCAGUGUCUUCGACAGAAAGUCCUACGGACACUUCCCCACCUGUCACCACACCCGCGACGACUUCUCCUCCGGCCACGACCGAGACCACUACCGAGACCACUACCGAGACCAGUACGACGACAACUGCUACAACCACGACGGCUCCCAGCCGGGCUCGUACAGUAAAACGCAGGUACAAGAUCAGCUGGGAGGAGGAAGAGGAGGAUUUGGCGUUUGAUGACAUCAUGCAAAGGCAAGAGGGAGCAACGACAAGAAAACCCGAGGAAUGUAAGGACACCCUGGCAACCAUCUCCUAUCCAGUGACUCAUAACAAGUACGGCAAGACCGAAGGGGCCUGGAUGAAGGAUCCCAAGUCAGACAAAGAUCGGAUUUAUGUCACCAACUUCUAUUACGGAAACAACCUCCUGGAAUUUCAGAACAUGGAGGUUUUCAAAAAAGGCCGUUUUACAAACUCCUACAAGCUUCCUUACAACUGGAUCGGCACCGGUCACGUGGUGUACGACGGCGCCUUCUUCUUCAACCGCGCCUUCUCCCGAGACAUCAUCAAAUUUGAUCUGCAGCACCGCUACGUGGCCGCCUGGACCAUGCUUCACGAUGCUGUGAUGGAAGAGUCAACGGCGGCGUGGGAGUGGCGAAGUCACUCAGACAUCGACUUUGCUUUAGACGAGAGCGGCCUGUGGAUCAUCUACCCGGCGAUGGACGAUGAGGGCUUCUUACACGAAGUGGUUGUCCUCAGCCGCCUGAACCCGGUGGACCUCAGCAUGCAAAGGGAGACCACGUGGAGAACCGGGCUAAGGAGAAGCCACUACGGGAACUGCUUCAUUGUAUGCGGCGUAUUGUACGCUGUUGACAGCUACAACCAAAAGGAGGCCAACUUGGAAUACGCCUUUGACACGCACACCAACACCCAGAUGAUUCCCAGAAUGCCCUUCACCAACAAUUACACCUACACAACCCAAAUUGACUAUAACCCCAAAGAGGGUGUACUCUACGCAUGGGACAAUGGACACCAAGUUACAUACGAUAUUAAGUUUGCCUACGUAGACUCCAAUUAAGGCUUUAAUUGUAGUAAAUUGAAAUUCUUCAAUGGAUUGUAGAGCAGUCCAACUGGCCUGUAAUGGCUAUUUGUUCCAUUUGUAUCUGAAGUUAAUAAAAAGUGACCCACGUUA